AUGACGCCCACCGCCUUCGACUCGGGCGUAGAGCCCCCUGAAUCGAGCUGUCCAUUCUGCAUAAUUGCCGACGAAUACCCUCCCUACGACCCGGCCUAUCCCCCGCAAGACGAGACCACGCUGGACCCGAACCGGAUCCCCACGCCCGCCUUCAUCGUGCUCUCAACCGAGACGCUCAUUGCGUUCCUCGACAUCCUCCCCCUUUCGCGCGGCCACCUGCUGCUCUGCCCGCGUACGCACCGCCCGAAGCUGACGGACGCCUCGCCGGAGGAGUCGGCCGAGAUGGGGAGGUAUCUGCGGGUGCUGUCGAAUGCCCUGGCGCGCACGACGGGCGUCGAGGAUUGGAACGUCGUGCAGAACAACGGUGCCGCCGCCGCGCAGGUCGUCAUGCACAUGCACUUUCACCUCAUCCCGCGGCCUGAGAUUCGUGCGAGUGGCAGGUACAGCGAAAGUUUCACCAUGUUUGGACGCGGGCGCAGGGAGGAGCUGGACGAAGAAGACGCCGAGCAUUUUGCCAAGGAUUUGCGGGAGAACGUGGCCGACAUCUUGAGGGAGGAGGCACACAAGGCGAAGCUAUGA